AUGGCUCCUUCCGUUCAUGCAACUUCUCAUCGGGUCAAUAAACGACAAGCACCCGUCACCACCCACACGAGGGCUCUCAAAACCUCAAAGACCGCCAAACUCCCCCUCGCCCUGAAGUCGAACUUGGAAGAAGCGGUUCUGAAGCCCGUGGUUCAUAUCAAGAAGAGCGUCAAGCAGGUCCCAAAGCGCAAACGUGAUGCGGCGCAGGACGACAGUGAGAGCGAGCCGGGUGGUGCCUAUAUCACCAACAUCACCACCAAAAAGCCCAGGUUGCAACUGCUAACGCCUCCUUCGAGCAAAUGUCAGAAUGCAAAGGAUUCCACUGACAUGGAUUUCUCCCCAACUAUGACCUUUCGGCAACUUUCCCUAGACACCGACAAUGCUGAACCAGUUCCGGAGGCGCUUCCUCCGGUUUUGCAGGAUUUCGUGUCCUUGCACGCAGCUUUUCUCAAGGCAUUCGCCAUUCACAUUGUUCAUAAUGGCCAAUCCACACCAGCAGAUUUGGGCAGCCUGAUGAACACUGUCACCCGACUUUGGAAAAAACACACCGUGGCCAGGGAAGAUAUCCAACGGAUGUUGGCCAUCUACGAGUUGGACGUUUCAACACAUUUCAGUGGUCGUCUCCUCAAACACCAAGAAGGUCCCUUUAAACUCACAGUGGCGGGCGCUGAUUUCGUCCGCUACAACGUCGAGUAUGUCGGCGCGGGCAGCAAGAGACCUACCAAUCCCCGGUGGGAUGAAUGUAAUCUCCAAAAGCUUUACGAAGCCGAAAUCGAGGCCUGCUGGAUCUCGCAGCGGAGUAACUCUUCUUGUUGGGUGCAUGGCGCAAUUCGGAACUUUCCUCGCCUGAACUUCGACGUCGGCAUUGAGACCCAAGUACGCAAAGCGAAGGCUGAGACGGCCCGAAGGGAGAUCCUGGGGCUAUCGUCUCAAGCACAAAACCGCGCAGGAGCCCAGUUCUCGAUGCGGACGAGCAACAGCUCGGAGAACAAUGAGGCCAACACACCGCGAAUUGUGAAAGAUCGGACGCUGUCCCUCCUAGACCGCGUUAGAGCCAAAGCGCUCGUCAACUCCGCGACACCUCAGAGCGUAGAAGCCACUCUUCGUCGCUACGCUGUCGGCCGUAUUGCCGAAGUGGUGGAGAUCCUCCGAAUGAAACAACAACGCAAACUGAGCACCAAUUUCGUGUCUUCGGUUCAUUCGAGCCCAAGCAAUGUUCGAGGCAAGGUGUCAUUCAGCAUGAGCCAGUUGGUCAAUGACAUCAAAAGCAGUUUGACCGUCCCAAUUGGGGAUGCGGAGCUCAGAAUGUGUAUUCGUAUACUUGGAGAUGAAGUCCCAGGAAUGUGGGUGUCGGUCUAUACUGUCGGAAGUGUUGAAAGCGUUACUCUCAAUGGACCGGGAUUGAGUGGUGUUGAGGUCAAGAAGAUUCUUGACGAGAAAGAGGGGACGAGGUGA